UUUGUCCAGGGCAGUCCAACAGACGAGUAUCUAAAACUGUAGAACCUGGAGAUGCUGCACAACUGCCCCUACGAGGAUCAAGAUCUCCUUGAUCCGCAAGGGGAGCUUUAUCACCUCUUAACCAUAAAUUCAACUGAGUGAGCUCUGCCUUUAGUUGGACUACUGACCUCUCAGGUGUUAUGGUGUAACUGCCACCGUCUGGGUUACACUAUUCACGUCUCUCAGAGAAAAGAAACAAUGCUUUUGUUCGUUGUUGUUUUUGUCACCUUUGCUUUUACGUCAGCCGUUGUACAAAGAGAGCCCGUCGUGGAUUCAUCGUAUGUUGCUGCUGUGUACGAGCACAGCUUAAUUCUGAACCCGGAGCCUCAUGUCCCCUUGUCCCGUCCUGCUGCUCUGCAACACUUGCAGAGAAACCUGGAUAUCUACGAGGAGCAGGCUGCGGUGGCCUCUCAACAGGGUGCCCAGAUCCUGGUGUUUCCAGAGGAUGGUCUUCAGGGUUUCAACUUCAGCCGUGUGUCAAUCUCUGGCUACCUAGAAACCAUCCCUGAUCCUCAGCAGGAGAGUUGGAACCCCUGCACAGAGCCAGGCAAACACAACAACACUGAGGUUCUCCAGCGGUUGAGCUGUAUGGCCCGUCGUUACAAUCUCUACGUGGUGGCCAACAUGGCUGACCUACAGCCCUGCCCCUUGAAAACUGAGCCCUCCUCCUCCUGUCCCUCUGAUGGACACUGGCAGUUCAACACCAAUGUGGUGUUCAGGUCAGAUGGCCUGCUGGUGGCGCGCUACCAUAAGUACAACCUGUACUUUGAAGAUGCAUUUGACACUCCACCACAACCUGAGAUCAUAACAUUUGAUACACCCUUUGCUGGGAAGUUUGGCCUCAUCACCUGCUUUGACAUCCUGUUUCAUGAGCCCACAGUUGCCCUGGUGGAGAAGGGUGUACGUCAGCUGAUCUUCCCCACAGCCUGGAUGAACCAGCUCCCCCUACUAGACACAAUCCAGUUCCAGCGGGCAUUCAGCUUGGGUGCCAAUGUCACCCUACUUGCAGCCAACAUUCGUAGCGACCAACUGAUCAUGACAGGAAGUGGUAUCUACACCCCUUUUUCUGCCACCUAUCACCAUGCCCAUAAAGGUGACCCAGAGGAGGGCAGGUUGCUGGUGGCCAGGGUGCCAGUCUUAGACCCACUGUGGGUGAGACAGAGCAAAGCCAUAGAAAAGGUGGUGGUUAGGGAUGAGUUCAUAUCACCUACAACUACAGACUCUGGAUACUGUGACAAAGAGAGCUGUAUUGAUUCUCCUCAUCCUGAAACCGCUCCUUCAGUCCCUCCCUCCUCCAUCACUUUCAUUUCACCUAUGAUGUAUGACCCAUUUACAUUCGCCCUCCUCAACGAGACAGAGGGCAAAGUAAAGGUGUGUAAUGGCACCUUUUGCUGUUACCUGCAGUAUCAACGGUUUCCACAAACCAGCAAAACAGAACUCUAUGCGUUGGGAGCAUUUGCUGGAACACACACUGUGAAUGGACGCUAUGCCCUGCAGGUGUGUGCAUUAGUCCGCUGUGCAGGGUCAGACACUACCUCCUGUGGACAGGAAGUGGAAGAGGCUGAAACGAAAAUGGACUUCCUAUUGGAGGGGAAAUUUGAGACCAAACAUGUGUAUCCAUCCAUUUUGGGUAGCAAGAUGGUCCUGGAGGAGCCUGAACAUCUGAAAAUAGCUGCAGACGGCACAGUGAGCUUGAAACACUCCAACAUGAGUAGUGGGUUGGUCACUGCCUGUCUGUAUGGACGCAUGUAUCACCUGGACAAUGAAUGACCCGCUCUGGAUGUGUGUGUGAAGAGCAAAUAUCUAAUACAGAAAAAAACACAACAACAAAAUAUGUAACAAAUAUUCUAAGACUUAUACAUCUGUCUUCUGUAAUACACACACUGCAUUAAAUCUAAAAGGAAUUAUCUUUAUUUAUUCAUGACUUAAUCUUUAAAAACACUGCAACAAGUAGUGUUCAUCCUCUGCCUGAAAGUUGCUUGUUCCUAAAAAGGCAAUAUUUAUUCUCCCACACACACAAAUGUGCACAAAUGCACAAAACACUCUCUCUCUCUCACACACACACACACACACACCUAUACACAGUGUCAGCCACUUUUCCCUGUCUCCAGUACAGUACACAGACAUUGAGUAGUUACAGCAUUGCAAGUUAAAUGUUCCUUGGGCCGCUCAUUCGUCAAUCAACUGACUCCUGGACCAGUCAUACAGUAAAUGGGUCUUACAUCCACCUGCUGUCAGAAUCAGCUCCCAUAGAUUCAGUUUCCACUUGGAAUAAAUUCAUAGGAUUCAAUAAUGAAUUCCUCUCCUAGGAACUGAAAAGUGGUUCAAGAACAGUGACGCAGCAUUACCAAUGUGAGAGCGAUCAAUUUCUCCCAUGACACCUUGAAGAACAAUUCAGAAUAAAAACUCAAAAGUACAGUAGGGAAAACGGUAAUCAAUGUCCUGGUCCCAUAAUAUUGUUCCUCUGUU